AUGGCCAUCGGGACAAUGGAAGAAGGCAUCCGGUUGAAGCGCGUGUCCGAGAACACAUUCCAAUCGAUCGCGACGCCAUUCACAUGGGCCGAUGGCGUUGUCGUUCCCGGCGGCUUGCUAAUGGCUCUGUCGGCCAACGCUGCAUUCGAAACCGUGAGCCAGGACUUUUCAGUAGACUCGCUCCAGGCCAAUUUCCUGCUGGGUCCGCGGACUGAUCUGCCAAUGGAUCUGGAAGUGACUCAGUUGAGUGAUGGCGGACGUUUUGCUGUGCGAAUGGUUCACAUGAAGCAGGGAGGGAGGUUGCUGGUACAUUCGACCUGUACCUUUGUGCGAGGUCUGCGUGGUGAAAGUAUGCAGCAUACCACUGGCCGAGCGACUACGGAAACGGUCGACGAGAUCACACUGGACGAUCUUGAAGUGGACAGGAAUGACCGAGGACCUUACAUGAAGUACCAGAGACUCGGAGUCGUUCAGACUGGCGGAAAAGACGCGACAGAGGCGCCUCCAGACGCCAUGACCUACACCUCCGUCUGCACCGUCUCACCCCGAAUCAGCAGCAACACCGCACGGCUACAUUCCAUCGGAAUCAUCCUCCUAUCCGACUACCACGUUCUGGACUGUCCUCCCACCGUCCACGGGCUUUCGACAGGCCAACCAGCCAUCGGGGACCACCAGCGCAAUAUUAAGGCUAGCCACUUCAAGUACUUAACCUCUCUAAAUCACAGCAUCCACUUCCACGUUCACGAAGGCUUCCGAGCAGACGACCUGAUCUACCUCGAGGCGAAUAGUCCUUGGUCUGGCAACAGACGUGGCGAGAUUCUCACGAGGAUGUUUACUAAAGAUGGUCGACUGGUUGCAACUUGCAAGCAGGAAGGAUAUUAUGUACUGCAUGAGAAGGGACUGGGUAAGCUGUAG